AUGGGCAACAACCUCUAUGUCACCUUGGACGCCGGCAAGACCGGCAAUUUCCUCGGUGCUUUGAACAGCUACUUGCAGCAGUACGCGCACGCUCUUAAUGCAAACUUGGGUGCAUACUACUGUACUUGGACGUCAUUGUACAUCAUCAAGUUAUCUUUCAUGGUGUUCUUCCAUGGAUUGGGGAACAACUUCCGUGCCCAGAAGUUCGUCUGGUGGGGCGUGCUCAUCGUCAUCGUCGCGUGCUACAUCGUUUCAGUCGCAAUGUUCGAUUACGGUUGUUUGACAGCAGAUUGGAAGCACAUAAUUACAAAGUGCGCUAGCAAGGAGACCAUGCAAUACGAGUUCACCACAGCACGGGUCUCGACGGCUCUGGACGUCCUCUCGGAUGCUUUGAUCGUGGUUGUCCCCAGUCAUGUCGUCUGGAAGUCAAUGCUGCCGCUACGCAAGAAGCUGGUGUUGGUUGCAGUCUGCUCCCUGACUCUUUUCAUGAUGAUAUGUGCCAUCAUACGGAUUGGAGUAGGUAUGAAGGACAAAUUGACAGAUUUGUCAUGGUUUCUCACGUGGAACUCGGUGGAAAUGACGCUUGGCAAGGACCACGCAAAAACCCUCCGGCCAAGAUCUCAGUGGCGGCAGAUCGGGCAAGUCAUUCGGAUUGACACCUUGGAAAACAUCCCAGACAAAAUCAGCAUCCGAGACUGCUGGGACUGA